AUGCUGAAGCCGCCGAACGCGUUUGGGAUCGUGCAGCAGGGACUGUACAGGUCAAAUGCUCCUGUCGAUGAGAACCUCCCUUUCCUCACUGGCCUCAAUCUCAAGACCGUGCUCUACCUGUCUCCGGAGGUGUUGCUGAGAAGCGUGGUGGAGUUCUUCAAGGAACAGAACGUGGAUCUGCACAACCUGGGGGUGCAGGCGUGGAGGCCUGAUCCCCAAUGGACGCCGAUAUGUGAUGACUUCAUCAAAGAUGCCCUCGAGAUGGUGCUCGAUCAUCGCAAACAUCCUCUCUUGAUCUGCUGCACCUCAGGUGUGUUUCAAACGGCUCCCCUGGUUGGCUGCCUUAGGAGGCUGCAGAACUGGAGUCUCACGUCUAUUCUCGACGAGUACAGGGCGUUUGCUGGGUUGAAGGCCAGACUUGUGCACGAACAGUACAUCGAGUUCUUUGACGUGGACUUGGUCUCACUGCCA